CGCGGGUAAAAGGCGCGCUGAGUGGCGGGAACUUGGACACUGUGUCUCUGCGGCGCUUGUGAGAUUGGCACCCCAAUAAAAGGACGGAGCAGCAGCUCGCGGUGGGAUUGGGCGAAGAGGCUUCACCCCAUUAAAAAGCACAAGCAGCUCACGGCUGGAUUGGACAGAACGCCAUUAAGAGGACGGAGCAGCUCGCGGCGGGAUUGGGCAGAGGCUCACGUAAGUUUUGACAGGCUGACAUCACAUGGCGCAGGCGCAAGGUGGCCAGGCGGACUUUGGACGAGGUGAUUCGACGGCGUUUUUCUUGUACGGGAUGGGAUGCGAAUGGAUGCGUGUCUUCUGUGUGUGCUAUACUUGGCACGUUGGCACGUACGGUAUGAAACGAAAAGUACAGGUAACCUGAAGGUGAG